GUGUGUGUGUGUCACCUGUCAGAGCAGCUCUUCACCACUUCCUGUUCCACUUCUUCACGUCUCUCAGAGACUGGUUGUGUUCAGUCGGCUUCGUGUGUCAGCAGCGAGAAGAAGAACAAGAAGAACAAGAAGAACCCGGGUCAUGAUGGAGCUCCAGAUCCCGAUCCCUGGGCUUCUGGUUCUGGUCUCAUUGUUUCCUCCAGCAGAGGCUCUAGCCAUGUAUAGCCCCCAGCUGUGUUACAUCCUAGACGGCUUCCUCGGUCUCUACGGACUCAUCAUCACCGCCAUGUUCAUCAAUGAAAAGUUCUUUAAAGCCAAAGUGAAGAGAGCCAAAGAGAGCUACAGCGAUCCUGAGCGUCAUACUUCUGGAGCUCACAGUCAGCCCAUGACAAAGAGGAACCGAGUGAUGGACAACAACGCCACCUACACCGAUCUGAAUCGUCGUCAAGAAGAAUCAUACAAAGAACUUCCUGUCAAAAGAGAACGUCAGAGAAGGAGUGAGCAGGUUUACCAGGCUCUGAGCCCGGCCACCAGGGACACCUACGACUCUCUGCAGAUGCAGCCUCUUCCUCGCUAACGCACUACUUGCUGUUGGCCUCUCACACACCAACGACGACGAUGAAGAAUCCAUCUUUUUAUUUAGUAUUAUUAUGUCAAUUUGUUAAUUUUGAGGGACGUUUGCUUUAAAACAAUCUUCUUCUGCAGAAAAACGAUACAAAUCUUAACUUUUAUCCUCCCUUAAUUUACCACAAAGAUUAUCCAUUUUGAUUAUCCAUAUUGAUUUCAUUACAGCAUGAUGUAAUCGAUGUAUGGAUAACAAAAAAGAAACAAGGUCAAAUGUUUCUUCAACCAGUUUAUUUUCAAUAUAAUAAAAUAAUUUCAGUUCAGCUUAUUUUCUUGCAAAAAUAUUUUUAUAGUUGUAAUAAUCACUAGUUUAUUUCCUUUCUACAUUCCAUAAUUUAGACAAUUAAUAUCUGUUUUUAUUUUGCUGUUUAUUUGUUGUAUUGAUGCGUUUAUACUUAAAUACCAUAACUAGUUAGUCUUAUAGUUGUAAAAGUAUUUUCUGAUUAAUUGACCAUUUGUUUCAUUGUUUCGAUAUUUUCCUGAGAAUUUGUGUUUUUUAUGAAUAUUUUGCUUUUGUGGUCAUUUUCCUGUUAAAGGUGAGUUUAGCUCUGUCUAAAAUGUCUUAAUAAAUCUCUAUUAAAGCAGA